UUGCGUGUGACGCGGCGCCCUGGGCCCGGAUGUUCCGUUGAUGUUGGGUUAAUGGCGGCGGGAUGCCUCGAUAUGCUCAAUUGGUGAUGGGACCUGCCGGCAGCGGGAAGAGCACUUACUGUUCCUCUGUGCAGCAGCACUGUGAGGUACUGAAUCGGUCUGUGCAGGUGGUGAACCUUGACCCUGCUGCAGAAUACUUUGACUAUCCUGUCUUGGCAGAUAUCCGGGAGCUCAUCCAAGUGGAUGAUGUAAUGGAAGAUGAUUCCUUGAGGUUCGGCCCAAAUGGUGGACUCAUUUUCUGUAUGGAAUACUUUGCUAACAACUUUGAUUGGCUGGCAGAUUGCCUAGGUCAUGUGGAAGAUGACUAUAUACUAUUUGAUUGUCCAGGUCAGAUUGAGUUAUACACUCAUCUUCCAAUAAUGAAGCAGCUAGUGGAACAGUUGCAGCAGUGGGAGUUUCGUGUCUGUGGGGUAUUUCUUGUUGACUCUCAAUUUAUGGUGGAGUCAUUUAAGUUUGUGUCAGGUGUUUUGGCAGCCCUCAGUGCAAUGGUGUCUCUGGAAAUUCCUCAGGUCAACAUCAUGACAAAAAUGGAUUUACUGAACAAGAAAGCAAAAAAAGAAAUUGAAAAGUAUUUAGACCCUGAUAUGUAUUCAUUGAUGCAGGACUCAACUGACACUUGGAAAAGCAAGAAAUUCAGAAAGCUAACUAAAGCAAUUUGUGGAUUGAUUGAUGAUUACAGCAUGGUUCGUUUUUUGCCAUUUGAUCGUUCAGAUGAAGAAUGUGUUAACAUAGUCUUGCAGCACAUUGAUUUCUCCAUUCAGUAUGGAGAGGAUUUUGAAGUCAAAGAACCAAAGGAGCAAGAAGAAGAUGCUGAUCCCCCUAGCGCAAGUGAGCAGUUUUUUCAAGGUGCAGCAGCAGACUGAAGUUCCCGGAUAUGGCCAAAUGUUUGGACCAGUUAAACAUUUGGUGUGUUAGAAGCAUUCUAUUUGGAUCCAUUGCCAUUGUGCCCUUCCAGCAUUCCCUAAUAUGAGGCACUUUAGGAAUUUUGUUUAGAACUCAACUAAUUUAUACCAUAUUGUGUGGAGGAGAUCUUAGAGACUUUAAAACUGAAAAAGAAAAUUAUUAAUGUUUGAGCUUGCUAGGUAAUUAUGUGCAGAUAACUUAUCAACACACCAGGUUCCUAUUCUACUUAAGGUCCCAUAAAGAAUUCUUUGAUGUUUAGCAAGAAUGGUGGCAAAUUUUUUUUAUCUAAAGUAACACUUUCAAAGGCCUGUACCUUUUAAAAGGUUGUUUGCUUCAAACUGUGUGAAGGAUAAGUUUUUGUUUUUCCUCAGCUUUUACACUUCUUCUGCUUUUGAGUAUGUGUUCUCCUUAAGUUGUUAGAGUAAAUUAUUUUUGACAGCCUGCAGAAUGGGCAAUGUCAGGAAUUGUACAGCAAUGAGUUUUGCUUUAAUAAAUCUAAUUUUUUUGUUCAAAAAUAUCAUUUUCAUAUGAUGGCAAAAACUUAUAAUGGGAUUUUGGAAAAAAAGCAUUCAUGGGAUGUGAUUGUCACUGGCAAGGCCAAUGUUUAUUGUCCAUUUCUAAUUGCCCUAGAGAAGGUGGUAGUGAGUGGCCUUCUUGAACUGCUGCAGUCCAUGGGUGUACAUACACCCACAGUGCUGUUAGGGAGGGAGUUCCAAGAUUUUGACCCAGGGCUAGUGAAGGAAUAUUAUAUAUUCCCAAGUCAAGAUGGUUUGUGACUUGGAGGGGACUUGCAGAUGGUGAUGUCCCCGUGUGUCUGCUGCCCUUGACCUUUUGGGUGGUAGAUGGUGAUGUCCCCAUGUGUCCGCUGCCCUUGACCUUUUGGGUGGUAGAGUUCGCAAGUUUGGAAGGUGCUGUCAAAGCAGCCUGGGCGAGUUGCUGCAGGGCAUCUUGUAAGAUGGUACACACUGUAGCCACAAUGUACUUGUGGUGAUAGGAUGCCUGUCAAACGGGCUGCUUUGUCCUACAUGCUGUUAAGCUGCUUGAUUGUUGGAGCUGCAGUCAUCCAGGCAAGUGGAGAGUAUUCCAUCACACUCCUGACUUGUGCUUUGUAGGUGGUGGACAGGUUUUGGAGAGUCAGGAGUGAGAUCCUUUUUGUAGUUCCCAACCUCUGACCUACUCUUGUAAUCAUAGUAUUUAUGUAACUGAUUGAGUUAAGUUUCUGGUCAAUGGUGAUCUCCAGGGCGUUGAUGUGGGAACUCCGCGAUAGUAGCACUAUUGAAUGUCAAGGAAGAGAUGCUUAGAUUUUCUUGUGUUAGGGAUGGUCUUUGCCAGGUACUUGUGUGGUGUGAAUGUUUUGCAGUUAUCAGCCCAAACAAUGUUGUCCAGGUUUUGCUGCACACGGGCAGGUACUGCUUUAUUUGAGGAGUUGCAAUUGGAACUGAACACUGUGCAAUCACGAGCGAACAUCCCCACUUCUCUCUGACCUUAUGAUGGAAAAAAGGUCAUUGAUGAAGCAGCUGAAGAUGUUUGGGCCUUAGGCCGAGAAGCUCCUGCAACAAUGUCAGGGGGCUGAGAUGAUUGGCCUCCAACAAACACAACUAUCUUCCUUUGUGCUAGGUAUGAUUGCAGCCAGUUUGUUGGAAUAGACUUAAGUGUUCCUUACAGCUGUUUGGUGAAUACAGGACCACAAGGCAGAGCAAUAUAUUGCAGCAGAGUAGACAUGGGCUACUGAUGUGAUGCAAAAUAUUCUGGCUUUGCUCUUCCGUGUUGUCCCAGGGAAUUGAUGACAGGCAAGAUGCAGUCUCCGUGUGUACAUGUUCAACGAGAAGUUGCCAGCUGCGUCACCGAGAAGAUGAUCCAACACCCUAAAGUGGCCUCCCGAUUGAAAUGCCUGAAAGCAUAUUCCAAAUGGUUUCUCCUUAAGUCUGUGAAACCACCGGUUGUUUGUCACUGGUUAGCAGAAACCAGUAGGAUUUGAUCGUAUUCCAUAAGCCACAUACAAAGCACCCAAUAUGCUUCUACAGCGAAAACUAAAAAUAUAAGUAAACCAACAUAAAUCUAAUCACAUGAAGGUUGGAACUAAAUGCUUAUAGAAACUUGAAAUAACUGCAAACAUUUAUAAAUUCAAGUUCAUUUGCACUGUAUGGAAAGAAAAGCUUAAUUUGCUUCAGUUCAUGCAACUGAUUACAAAUGUAGUAUGACUCUUUGGCGGUCAUCAAAAGGGAAGAGUGUUUUUGUUUCAACCAUAAAAAUGUGGAAUAAAUUUCUUAUUUUGGUACCAGCUGAAUCAAGUUUUGCAAUGUUUAUAUAAUGGUAAUUAAAUAAAGUGAGUCUCAAAUCCCAGCCUGACUAAGAUGGGCACCUCCAAAGUUGUCUUUCUCGAUCUUGGCUGGAUUGUGGAAAGUUGUCCCAUAAAAGUUUUCUUUCCACCUCACACAGCUGUGUCUCCUGUGUUGACAGAGUUUAGUGGAUUGAAAAUGCUUUCUUGACCAGCGAGUAUAGAUAUGAGAGACAAUAACUGGGAAGGGGGAGUAAGUUAGAAGAGGAAGUACAAAAAGUCUUUUUCAAAAUUGCCUUUUUGUCAACAUGCAGAUCUUUAUAUCUCAAACCUUGUGCAAAUGAAAAUCUUAUGCUUUAGGUUCCUGGCUAUUACAUAUACUGCACUUGGGUACCAUUUGUUCAAGUAUUACAAUCUUUUUAUAGUCAUUUAAAUAACCAUAAUUUGGAAUGUAAUAAAUUGCCAUGAAGUUUAAUCUGUAAGAACAUACUUGCUGUCAUUCAGCAUUUGGAAUUGAAUGUAACAAGACGGGUUGGAGAUCAUGCAGAGUUAAAGGUUAAUGAUCAAACUUCCUUGUAUCUUGGAACAACAGGCUUUCCAAUAUAGACAGAUGGCUUUGAAGUGUCAUGAGAAGAAAGCAUAUGGUUACUCUUCUGCUUUGAGUGUCUGCUUUAAAUAAGAUGCUUAUGCAAGGAAAGAAGUGACCAUAAUGACAUCAACCAUAGAUGAUUAAAGUUUAAUCUUGCUGACUAGUGCAACAAACAUAGAUUGAAGGAUUUAUUAACUACAGUAAUGAAAAAUAAUAGUUAGGCCGGGAUUCAAGAACAGUUAAGUCAGGAUGUCUUGUUUGAGAGAAGUAGCUUUGGAGUUUUAAAACAAAAGAGUUUACAUUAAUAGACCUGUUUUCAAAUGAUUCAGGAACAGCUACAUUAUGAGGUCUUAUCUGUGAUGUAUAACUUUUAUGUAGACAAAAUGUGAUGCAUAAACUAAAGGAGCAUGGUUUUCAUCAGUCCUUCAGAGGAUUCAAAAGAUAGAGCUAGAAACUUAAAGCCUUUGUUUGUGUCUAGUUGGGCUGAUUACCUAUACUAAAUGUCAAUAAAGCCUGUUUCACCA